CACCUUAUUGCACCGCUGGCAGGGUAAAGAAAUGCAUGGGAAGUACUACAACUUCUCCCCUUCAGGGGAGAAGUUAAGUCAAGUUGGACCAGAUGGGAUGGUGAGGGUGUGGGACACUGCCACAGGUGUCCUGGACCAUGAGUACCAGCCGGCCAGUCACCUCAUGGCCAAGCCAUCGUGUAUCCAGUAUUCCCCCCAGGUCAGUCCAAAGAAGAUGAAUAAGAAAGCAAAGGGAGAUGGAAGGAGCAGCGUCCUGGCCGUGGCCACCCUCCAGGGCACAGUGUUGGUGUACAGCCCAGAGAAAAGGGAGCUGCUGGCCACCCUGGACCAUUCACAGCCACAGGCAGUGGUGGACCUGGCAUGGUUCAGCUCCACAGAGCUCUUCACCCUCUCAGCAGACAACACCGUGGUCAAGUGGAAUGUGGUCACAGGGGAAAAGCUAUGGUGUGUGGAAGUGAGUGGCGGAACCUCCCUCUGUGCACUGGGUCCAAGGAACUUUUGUGUAGCCAAGAGCAGGAUUGAAUUCCUGUCUAUGAUGAAGGCAGGACGAGUGAAAGUAAAGAAGAAUUUCACCGGCCACACUUCCCAGGUGGCACAGCUGCUCCCACUGCCCACAGAGAGUGACCCCGUCCGGUACUUCCUUUCGUCCUCCACCGAUGACAGAUUUGUCUACGCUUGGGAUUUGAAUAGUGAAGGUGGGGACCCUGUGGCAAGCUUCAUGGUGAGGGACCAGGUGGCAGGGGUGGAGGCGGUGGAGCUGCAGAACAACACCGUGACUCUGGCAGUGACCACCCAACGAGGCUCCCUGGUCCUGUUCAACCAGCACCUCAAUGGCCACACCAACAACACAGUGGUCAAGAGGAUGGGACGGUUGCAAAUCCUGCAGGAGGGCAAGGAGGAGAAGGUGAUGCUGCCCAUUAUCACCGCUCACUUCUGCAAGGACAUUGACCACAGCCUCAUCAUCGCCUACGGGAACUCCACCAUGCUCAAGUUUGAACGGAUAAGUGCAAAGGAGAUCACCGGCAACAAGCAACUCCUUCGUGCAGCCCCUGAGUCCGUAGCGCCCAAGAAGUCCGCCCUGGCAGAGACCAUAACCCCCAAGAUGACCCGGGACACUACUGUUAUUGGCCCGGGACACCUGACGAUCGCCCAAGCAGAUGAGUCAAGGUGGGACAGAAAAAGGAAACAGGGAGAUGAGGACGGCACCCUGGCACUCCCCAUGGAUGAGCGGCUCAACGCGCUGGUCCUGGAUAAGCCUACAGACAGCGCCGCCACUCAGGUCCCCAAAACUGACAACCAAAUACACUUACUACUGCAGGGUCUACACAGCAAGGAUGGAAGGAUCCUGCAAAGCAUUCUUAGCUGUGGGAACGAGACCAUGGUUACCAACACAGUGCGAAGACUGCCAGCACCUGCUGUGGUGCCCCUCCUGAAGCAUCUGCAGACUCUCUUCAUGGGCAAAGGACACAAGAAUGCAGCAUACGUCACCUGGGUGCGGCUAGUCCUGUACCACCACAUGAGCCACCUCUCCACGCUACCUGACCGUCAGGAGCUGCUGCGGCCAUUCUACUCCAUCAGUGCCUCCCGUGUGGCUACCUUCAUGCAGUUAAUGGAACUUCACGCACGGCUGGACCUGUCCCUCACCCACGUGGCCACCAAGCAUCACGAGGCACAGCAGGCGCAGGUGGAGCCCAGUGCACUGCUCAUCUAUAGGGAAGAGGAAUCCGAUGAGGACGAGGAGAUUGAGGUUCCCGCCGGAAUCUCAGAAUCAGAGGACAACUGGGAGGAACUUUCAGACUUUGGGGAGGUGAAUGGACACUCCGAUUCUGACUAUGAUGAUGUGUUGCAUCCUCGCUCCUCCAAACGUGGCCUGGAGGAAGAUGAGGAAGAGGAGGAUGGGGGAGAAGAGGUGGAAGAGAUUGAGGACAGUGAAGAAGAGGAUGGCAGUGAAAAGGACAGUGAAAGUCAAAGUGAUAUGACAGUGGACGUGAACGAAAGUGACAGUGACAAUAGUGAUAGUGACGAGUGAAGGAGUGGCAAGAUCCCACUAGCUAUUUUUAUAAUUGUUUUUUCCUACCAGUUGUGCUGUGAGGAGGUGGUCAUUUCUGCUGCUGCUGCUGCUGCUACUGUUAGGGAUGUGGCAGUGUCAGGUAUCUUUACUAUUAAAUUAAGGGAGUUUUAUUUGGGUUUUUAAGAGUACACACACACACACACACACACACACACACACACACACACACACACACACACACACACACACACACACACACACACACACACACACACACACACACAUUCAGGCCAUUUCCUAAUGUGUUCCUUAGUUUUUUUAUGGGCAUCUUAUCAAGCAGAAAACUAAAUUAAUUCUGCAGGUAUGAAUAUUUGCAAGGAGGCGACACAGAAUGUUUAUUUGUUGUCCUGUCAGUCUCUGAAGUGAAGUGUGCCAUUCAUUACUGUCAUUGGUAUCGCUCCUCCUCCUCCUCCUCCUCCUCCUCCUCCUCCUGUACUUCACAUCUUUGUAUUCAGGCUAUCAUUUCAGAUACAGGUUUCUUAAUAUACUCAAACAUAUGAUUUACUCACACACAAACACACACACAAUAGGACCACACCACAGUUUGCAGCAUUGGGGGAUUUUUAUUUAUUUAUUUUUAUUAUUAUAAUUUUUUCAUAUAAACCAGCCGCUAAUUACAAAAAAAAAUAUUUUCUGCCCCAAAAUUUAAUUAAGAAAGAUAGAAAGUCAGAAAAAAAAAAAGUUAAGUUUGUAUGAUUUUAAUGCAAACAUAAUAAAGUGAUGACUUGUUA